AUGUCAAACAGUUCUUCAAGGGAAAGAAAUUUGCAUAGACAACUUGCCAACAUGAAGCAUUCCCUCUUUGAUCAGGGAUAUUUAGAUGAACAAUUUAUUCAGCUCGAGGAGUUACAAGAUGAAGAAAAUCCGAAUUUCGUGGAAGAAGUUGUUUCAUUGUAUUACUGGGAUUCGGUUCGAUUAAUCCAAAAUAUCGAGCAGGCUUUGGAGCAGAACCCUAUUGAUUUUGCUAAGCUGGACAACCAUAUGCACCAGUUCAAGGGCAGUAGUUGCAGCAUUGGAGCCAAAAAGUUGAAAAAGGAGUGCACACAAUUCGAGAAGUACUGCAAAACAGGAAAUGGAGAAGGAUGCAAGAGAACUUUCCAACAAGUGAAGAAAGAAUAUGCUACUCUUAAAAAGAAACUAGAACGUUAUUUUCAGUUUGCAAGGCAAGUUGGCUGCGUUGAAAAGGCGUGUCGUCCAAAGUAA